GUCCUCACAAAGUGAAUAACUUCCCUCGGCGAAUAAUCGCUCAAGCCUUCAUCAUUGCCACCAAGGAGAGGCUCGAUGUAUCUGGAAAGUCUGUAUUUUAUGUCACCGAGCAGAGGAAAACUGACCAGAAAGCCAUUGACAAACCUAUCCUGGCCGUUAUCAAGAAAAACUCUGAACAUAAAGCUCUCUUCGGUUACUUAGGAUCGCGGUUCAUGUUGGGUAAGAGGCAGUAUCCUCACAAGAUGGUGUUCUGA